AUGUAUGAAAAAAGCUUAUCCCUGAAAUUUUUGGAAUCCCCUCAAACCUCCUUUCGGGAAUUUGCCACUCGAGGAUCCAGUCAACACGUCCGUACUCUCUGUCAAAAUGGCAGACAGGUCAUGCUUGCUGAAACCUUGUACUCCCUUAAAAUCGACGUAUGCUGUGUCUCCGAAACACGCAUACAAGACCCGAGCUUGGUUAUGCAUCUCAUAACGCCAAGGAUGAACUCAGCUCUUUCAAAUUUCUCCCUACGUGUGUCCGGUGACCCAGGUCAAACAAUUGUGACUAAGAAGCCUAGUUUUCAACCUCAAACCCCGGGUUCGCGAGUGUGA